AUGAAUUCCUACCAAGGACAAUAUUUUAGAGAUGCCGCGCCAGACUCUACUAUUACCAAAGUUGAACGACAUUAUUGGAUAACAAAGCAAAAUGUUUUUAAAAAAAUUGGAAAAAAAGAAGAUGAUUGUGUAGUUGCUUGUGAUGCUGAACUUGAUGCAAAAUUGGAGCUUUUUAGAUCUAUUCAAGAUAGUUGUUUAGAAUUACACAAAAUUAUAGAUCAAUAUCAAGAAAGAAUUUGUUGUUUAGCACAGGAACAAAACUCAAUGGGUAGAUUUUUAAAAGAAGCUGGGAAAAUAGACAAAACAAGAGCUGGAAAAAUGAUGACAAAUGUAGGAAAAUCUCUUUCAUUUUCCGGACAACAACAGCUUAUUUUGAGAACUCCUCUUCUAAGAUUAUCUCAGGAAGUUGAAACUUUCAGGCAAAGGGCAAUUUCAGAUACAUUGUCUACAUUAAAAGCUAUGGAAAAGCAAAGAAUUGAAUAUCGAGCUGCUCUUAGCUGGAUGAAAGACGUCUCUCAAGAGUUGGAUCCAGAGAAACAUUUAGACAAAUUUCGAAAGGUUCAGGGCCAAGUAAGACGAAGCAAAAUGAGAUUUGAUAAAUCCAAAUUAGACUGCCUUCAAAAAAUUGAUUUGUUGGCAGCAGCUCGCUGCAAUAUGUUUUCUCAUGCUCUUGUUCUUUAUCAUAAUAACCUUUUACAGUAUUGUGAAAAAACUUCUAAUGCUUAUCUAACAAUUGCUAACAGUUUUAAAGGAUAUCAGCAUUAUGAUUUUUGCGUGAUUAAAGAAUUGGCAGAACCGUCUUUAAAACUAGCAGAACAAUUACAAACCAAUGAAAACAAACCGAGUGAGGGUGAAUCUGAAAAACAAGAAGAGGAUAAAGACAUCUUACUGUUUUUCGACUCUGAAUAUAAAGAUGUUGCAAGCGAAGAAAAAAAGUCGUUACAAGAAUCUAAAAAAAUAAAUCCUGAAGAAUGUGCUGUUGUAGCUCCCGUUUCUCAACCUCUUUUAGAUUUAGAAAAUCUCACACUGACAAACGAAACGAGCGAUUCUUCAAACGGAAUACAAUUAUUAGGUGAUAUAUUUGCCGACAAAGGAAUCGAUGAAAAUUGGUCGAAAGAAUGGGAAGAACUUUUCCAAGUUAAAGACGAGUCGGCUAAAUCAUUUUCAUCAAAAGAAAUUAAAGAAGAAUUAUGCGGUGAAAUUCAAUUGACAUCAAACGAUAAUUCAAAUUGUUUGCCUUCUACUUUACUUAACAAAAUGCAAUUAAGAAGAUUGCAGCCUGAGAAGUUUAGUGCUCAAGAUUCGAGCUUACAAAUGCCUCAAAAGAAUCCAAAAUCUGGUAAAGACAUGUCUACCUGGUUUAGUUUAUUUGCAGAUUUAGAUCCAUUAGCCGAUCCAGAUGCUGUUGGAAAAAAAUUAGAGAAUUCGGAUCAGAAAGUUUCUCCAGUGUGA